AUGGUUUUUCAAUAUAUUCAAAUAUUGAUAAUAUUUUCUCUGGCAAAUAUUUUCUUUGCUGAUGAUUGCCCAUCAUCAUUUAAUAUUCAAACAAAUGCAACAGAUAUAUCUUUUCAAACAUCACCUACUCUUCUUAUUAUUCUAUCAAAAUAUUCAUACAAAUUAUCUAUAAUCGAUCUACCAACACAAACGGUUCUACUUCAAAGUAGUAGAGAUAUUUUUGCUGGAGUUUGGGAAGGUGCUUAUGAGACUCUAUAUUUUGGUUAUAUGUUUCGUGUUGGUUAUGAGAAAGAACAUCGAAUAAUAGGAGCUUUGAAAUCAUAUUCAUGUUCAUCAUCUUCCGAAUCAAUUACCUUUUCUUAUAAUGAUUUUUAUUUAACAUUUAUUCAACAAGAAAAUGAUCGUACUAUACAUUUACAAAUUGAAUAUACGGGAUUUAACGAACAUUUUGACAUAAACCCUUCACAUUAUGUUUUUCCAUUUUUAACAUUAUCAUUUAAAACUCGAGAUAUUUAUGAAGAUUAUUAUGGCUUUGGUUCAUAUUGGGGUUUUACUAGAUUUCGUGGACAAAAAUUAUAUUGUUGGAGUGAAGAUGGUAGUUGGUCAUUUUUAAAUAUUUCUACACGAAUUCCACAAGCAAAUGCAACUUAUAUACCAAUGCCACUGUUUAUUUCAAAUCGACAAUAUGCUGUUUCGGUCAAUGAAACUCGACGAGUUAAUUUUGAUUUAAGUUCAUCUGAUGAAUGGAUUAUAACAACAGAAUGGAAUAGGACGGAUAUACAAUUUUAUUUUCCAAUAAAAAAUUCAUUUUUAUCAAAAACUAAAAUGUCAAAACCAUUUGAAAAUUUUUUUAACCUGUAUAAACAACAAAAUCGAAAAAUUAAUCCAUCGUUUACAGCAUUAAUUCAAGCUCGUGGUGAAACAACUCGUAUACCACCAUUAUUUGUAUUUGGGCCAUGGAAACAAACAGGAAAUGUCUUAAAAGAUCACACGGAAGUUGAUGUUGUACAAAGAAUGAUUGAACAAGAUAUUCCUAUCACAGUUAGAAUUGGUGUGUUACAUUUUUUUCCAACAGGCAAUCAACAAGAUGAAAUUCGUCAAGAAAAUGCUGUUUAUAAAGAACUUGGCGUAACAUCAUUAUGUUAUUUUAAUCCUUACAUAUCAACAUCAUAUAAAAAAUUAUUUGAUGAAUGUUUAGAAAAUGAUUAUCUAUUAAAAAAUAGUUCUAAUCAACCAUAUUUAUUUCCAUAUUUUGGUGAUAUAAUAAGUCGUCAUUUUUAUGUUGGUAGUGUUGAUUUUAGUAAUAAAAAUGCUUCUUUAUGGUAUCAAAAACAAAUUCAACAAAGUUUUGAUCUUGGUUAUAAUGGAUUUAUGUUAGAUUUUGGUGAAUAUACACCAGUAAAUUCUAUAUCAUCAAAUGGAAAAACUGGUCAUGAAAUGCAUAAUCGUUUUAUUGAACUUUAUCAAAAAACAGUUUAUGAAAUGACAUUAAAUUCUACAACAAUUGAACAAUUACUUAAUUUAAAUUCAAAUGAAAAAAAUAGUUUAUCCAUUAAUUAUCAAUCAGAUUUUUUAUUUUAUACUCGUAGUGGUUAUACAAAUAGUGCACAAUAUACUCAAUUACAUUGGACAGGUGAUGCUAGUUCUGAUUGGAAUCCAUAUUCAGGUUUACCAGCUCAUGUACAAGCUUGUCUUGGCAUUGGAAUUAGUGGUAUACCAUACUGUUCAAGUCCUAUUGGUGGUUAUGUUUGUGAAUUUUAUCCAGAUUUAACAGUAGAAUUAUUAACACGUUGGUUACAAGUUGGAACAUUUUCGGGUUUUAUGCAUGAUGAAACUGAAGGUUCAGCAUGUACUCAAGAACGUAUACAACUAUUUACUAAUAAUCAAACUGUGUAUGUUUGGCGAAAAUAUGCAAAAUUACGAACACAACUUUUUCCAUAUAUUUUUACAUUAGCACAUGAAGCACAUGCAACUGGUCUUCCAAUAACAAGACAUCAUUUAUUAACAUAUUAUAAUGAUGAAAUAGCUAUUCAACAAGAAUAUCAAUAUACAUUUGGUAAUGAUAUUUUAGUUGCACCUAUAGUAAAUAAAAAUCAAUUUCUACAAGACGUUUAUUUACCGUCCGGUGAGAAUUGGAUUGAUCUAUCAACGAAUCUUAUUUAUGAUCAAGAUACCGAUGGUCGAUAUCGAAUUGGAAGAUCUGAUAUACUUCAUGGUGGUCAAUGGAUAAUGAACGUUAAAGCUGAUCUAUUAACAAUACCAUUAUUUGCUCGAGCUGGUUCAAUAAUUCCUCUUAUUGAUCCAAGUGUUUUUACAUUAAAUCCAGGUCAACCAGUAUCAAUUUAUGAUCGAUUCUAUAUUUUACAUUUAUGGAUUUUUCUUAAUGAACAAAAUGAAGCUAAUGGUCUUGUUUGGGAUGGAUUAAAUAUAAAUAUGAAUGCGUGUAAUUUAAAUAAAUCAUUAUGUAUUAAUAUUGAUGAUCCUCAACAUAGAUUAUUAAUUUUACAAUUGCCGUUUAAUAAACCAGCAAAGUCAAUAUCAUCAUCUAGUGUGCAAUCAUUUGAACAAGUUAGUAACUGGCAAAUUGUAGCGAAAAUUCUACCUAGAGAACAAUUACAAAAUUGUUUUACAUAUGAUGAAGAAAAUCAAGUUAUAUGGAUAGCUAUUGUUCUUUUACAACAGCAGUCGUCAUUCAAAUGCCAAAUUGAUUUUUAA